UAGAAGGUGUGAAUACACCAUCAUUUUAUUGUGGCCUAUACAGCAAAUGGAAACACAUAAGGGUGCCCUGACAUAAUCAUUCUUGUUAGUGAUGCUUACUAAAUCCCAAGGUCAGCCAUACAUUCUUAUAGUCAAUAUCUUAUUUAGUCUCACAUCAUUGACAUUUUUUAUGCACAAUUUGAUUAACCCAGUGUGGCAGAGAUUGCUGCUGUUCACUCUUCUUCCAGAACACACAUUUGCCAAUCUUUCCUGAAGUGUACUGUGGCAUGCGAAAGCUCCAGAUAUGAUGGACACCAUUCCAGGGCCACAUCGUGUUCUCCCCACAUUCCUUAUGUCCUUCUCUGAGCUGAAUGAAGAUGACAAUGAAGAUCCACUUCGAUGAUGAAGGUAUAAAGAAAGUAUGGAAGUGAUUGAAGUGAAUCAGGAUGGAGAAUGGAAGAACAGAUGGAGCUACAAUCAAGAAGGAGCCCAUGGAAUGCUCUGGGGUGCUGGGAAUGUUCUACUUAUAGAUCUUCAUGAACAACCAAAGAAAAGAGAUGCUGUUAUUACUCUCCCUCUUUUAGCAAUCAUGAACCUGAAUCACAGAGAGUUUAAGUAACAUUUAAGUUAGCGGCUACAGGAUCUAAACAGGAUCCUGCUAAACUCUCAGCAGGAUCAUCAGGACCAUGGUUAUAAAUAACAAGAAUAAGGAAGCACCAAAUAUUUCUGAUCCAAGAAGGUUUUCAGACUCAAAUGAAGGUGCCGGAAGGAUCUCUUCAAGGAGCAGCAAAGAACAUCCAGACAUUAGUGGACCCAGUGGUUGCAGUGUCUAAUCAAUCCCUUUAGAGAAGAAUGGCUCCUGAAAAUGGCUCUUUUGUGACUGAAUUCAUUCUGGUGGGAUUAACAGACCAACAAGGUCUCCGACUUCCUUUGUUCCUUCUGUUUCUAGCAAUGUAUGUGGUCACUGUGUUGGGAAAUUUGGGCUUGGUAACUCUAAUUGGGCUGAACUCAUACCUUCACACCCCCAUGUACUUUUUCCUCUUUAAUUUGUCCUUCAUUGACCUCUGUUAUUCUUCUGUGUUUGCUCCCAAAAUGCUGAUGAACUUCAUAUCAGAGAAGAACAUUAUCUCCUACAUGGGGUGCAUGACCCAGCUUUUCUUUUUUUGUUUUUUUGCCAUUUCUGAAUGCUAUGUGCUAAUGUCAAUGGCCUAUGAUCGCUAUGUGGCCAUUUGUAACCCACUUUUGUAUAACAUUGCCAUGUCCCCUAAAGUGUGUUGCAACCUUAUGCUUGGUUCAUACCUAAUGGCCUUGUCUGGCGCAAUGGCCCACACUGGGUGCAUGCUGAGACUGACCUUCUGUGAUGCAAACACCAUCAACCACUAUUUCUGUGACAUCCUUCCAAUGCUGCACCUCUCCUGCACCAGCACCUAUGUUAAUGAGAUGGUGGUUUUCAUUGUGGGGGGCAUCAACAUCACUGUGCCCAGUCUCACCAUCUUUAUUUCGUAUGGUUGCAUCCUUUCCAACAUCCUUCAAAUCAGCUCCAAGGAGAGCAGAUCCAAAGCCUUCAGCACCUGCAGUUCCCACAUAGUUGCUGUCUCUCUGUUCUUUGGAUCAGGUGCAUUUAUGUAUCUCCGGCCAUCUUCUGCUGGGUUUAUAAAUGAGGGAAAAAUCUAUUCUGUCUUAUACACCAAUGUGGUUCCCAUGAUGAACCCAUUAAUUUACAGUUUGAGGAAUAAAGAUGUUAAAUUUGCAUUGAGAAAAACCUUGAGUAGAAGAAAAUUUUGA